GAGCCGAUGCAAGUACUCUGAGCAAUUAACAAUCGAGCAAGCUACUGAUGGAAGUAACAGCGAACGUAGCCAGUCCGCCAAGCCGUCCGCUCUCUGUCCGUGUGUCGGCAGAGACGGAAGGUGCUGACAAUUCCACGGCGGAGGAACCCAUGAGCCCUACCGGAAGAAUCUUGGAGGAGAUGGGUGUCUGCAUCGUCAUCGUGAUGGGGCUCAGCACGCCGGUGAACCUGCCCGUCUUCCGCUCCGGCAUCGAAACAGAGCUGAUUACUCGUUCCUCACGCUUCUGCAGCAUUCAAAUAAUGGAUGGACCCAAGGAUGGCAAGCCGCGAUGGGUGCAAACAGCGGUGAACGUGGACGAACACAUCAUCGUCCCGACGUUCGAUCCUGCUGCCGUGGCUUCUAACCCGGAAAAGGCCGUGGAGGACUAUGUAGCGAUGUUGUCCACACUCCCUAUGGACAGGGGACGCCCGCUUUGGGAGUUCCACUUCCUCAACUUGAAGACCUCCGGCGCGGCCUCUACGGUGGUGCUCCGCCUGCACCACUCCAUCGGUGACGCCAUGUCCAUCAUGACACUCUUCAUGGCUUCGGCAUGCAGCACGGCUGACCCAACUAGGCUGCCGGCCAUGCCACCGCCGCCCAGAAGGACCGGCGCGAUCUAUCAACAGCAGACACGACCUCCGUUGUCUUUGUCAAGCCAUUACCUGGCGUGGGUUUGGUCAUAUUUUGUGUUGGCAUGGCACACGCUGGUGGAUGUCGCAUUGCUUGCUGCGACGGUACUGUUCUUGAGAGAUCCCCGUACGAUGUUCACGCAUAUGCCAGAUGCCAGCGGGUCUCGCCGUUGCAAGCGGUUCGUGCAUCGAAGCCUUAGUCUUGACGAUAUCACGCUCAUCAAGACCGUCAUGAACUGCACUAUCAACGAUGUGCUAGUUGGUGUGACUUCAGCAGCUCUUUCACAAUAUUACUUCAGGAAAUCUGGAGACACUAACACAAAGAGAAUCUGCUUGCGAUCAAUCCUCCCUGUCAACACAAGGCCAAUCUCUAGUCGACAAACAUACGUUACCAAGGUCGAGAAGGGGAAUCGACUUAGCAGUCUCAUCUAUCCAUUUCAUAUAGCCUUGCCCAAUGAUCCCCUUGAGUAUGUUCGCAAGGCAAAAAGGUCUAUGCAUAGGAAAAAGAGCUCUUUAGAAGUGAAGUUUAUACAAGUGGUUGUUGAAUUUUUGGUGAAAUACUUUGGCGCAAAGACAGGAGCUUUUAUCUUCCGCCUAUUUGCCACACGUACAAGCAUACUCUUAUCAAAUGUUGUUGGGCCAUCUGAACAUAUAACGCUAUGUGGGCACCCAAUUUCCUUCAUGGCAAUCACCGCCUACGGGCAACCACAGGCACUGAUCAUGCACUUCCUAAACUACGGUAGCACUAUCCGGGUAACUCUGGCAGUUGAUGAUGCACAAUUCCCAGAUUGUCAUAAGCUUUUAGAUGAUUUUGCUGACUCCAUCAGGCUCAUUAAGGAUGCGGCCGAUCUCAAGACAUUAACAACAUCGAUCAUGAAUGACUGAGUAAUGAAUAGUUGGAUAGGUGGGCCAUGUCAAUAGCACACAUAUAUUAAUUGGAUUAGUAAAAGUACACACAACUCUGUGUAUAAGUAUAGUGUGUGCGUGCGCUAUGUAUGUAUUUUAAUGUGUUGUUUAUGUCUAUCACUAUAAGACUUGUGUUGAAGGUUUCCUUUGUUACAA